GAAUGUUCGGGGGGGAACAAAUUCGUUAACCCGUAGAAAGUCCAACAACCAGUCAAACAAAGGAACAGCUCUAAAAGUAUUUGGCGUCUUAAAAGUAUAGCUCUAGGGUCAUGUUUAAGUUGAGAAACUGUCCGCGUGCUUGCUGAACCGCGGUGUCGUAACUCUUAGAAAGCGCGCGCGCUGCUUCACGUUGUGGUGCAAAAACAACAAAGCCCGAAGUGCAGCAGGCAGGUAGGUCCGGGAGAGAAAGACAGAUAAAAGACCUGCUCUCCCUCACUGCGGCUUCCACUGUGUUCACACUGACUUGUCUCAAGCGUCGAUUUUGCUCCACGUUGUGAUUCAGAAGAACCUCGAGAACGAAGAAAUCGCUCAUGGAUAGUUCGAGUUCUUGUUAAGGCUGUUCAGGGAUGUGAAGAUGCAACAUUUUCUCAACCCCCCCCCUACUGAGUCGCUAAUCUCAAGAGCGAUCACUUUGGACCUGCUCUCCACCCAUUUAGAAUCAGAACCAAACACCACACAUAUCUAUGUCAGCAACACCAGCUCCUUACGCUGCACAUAUAAGGAAGACUUUAAGAAGAUUUUACUCCCUGCGGUGUACAUUGUCGUUUUUGUGCUCGGCAUUCCUCUCAACGCCGUCGUCAUACUGAAGAUAUGGAGGACGAGGCCCCACAUCUCCCGGAACAACAUCUACAUGCUCAACUUGGCCAUAGCUGACUUUCUGUAUGUGACGUCACUUCCUUUACUCAUCUACAACUAUGCCAGCCAUGACUACUGGCCCUUUGGGGAGUUUGCCUGUAAACUGGUCAGGUUUCAGUUCUACAGUAAUCUGCAUGGCAGCAUCCUCUUCCUCACCUGCAUCAGUGUGAAUCGCUACGUUGGGAUUUGCCACCCCUUUGCUGUGUGGCUGAAAGAAGGCGGCCGAAGGAUGGCGUGGGGAAUCUGCGCAGGGGUGUGGGUGGUGGUCCUCUUCCUUUGUGCACCAACUUUUAACUUUGCUGCGACAGGAAUCCAGCGCAACCGCACUGUGUGUUAUGAUCUGAGCACGCCGAAGCGCUCAGUGGAUUAUUAUCCCUACGGCAUGGCUCUGACCUUCCUCGGCUUCUUGCUUCCUUUUCUAGGUGUGAUGGUCUGCUACUGCCGGAUGGCCCACAUCCUCUGCCGCCCGGUGUCCUACCACGGGGUCUCGGUAGCCACGGGGGAGAAGCGAGACAGGGCUGUGAGGAUGAUCAUUGUGGUGGUGGCCGUGUUCUGUGUAAGCUUUCUGCCCUUCCACCUUACUAAAACUAUGUACCUCGUGGUGCGUACUUUGCCCAGUGCCCCCUGUGAGAUGAGGAACUUGUUUGCAAUCAUCUAUAAGAGCACACGGCCAUUUGCCAGCAUGAACAGUUUCCUGGACCCUAUAUUGUUUUACUUCACCCAACCGCGAUACCGCAAGAGCACUAAGAGGUUUAUGCGCAAAGUGACCACCCUCAGGGACAAGGGAACCUCAGUGUGAGCACAUCCCAUUUGACUACAUCUGUCAUUAGCUGUUAUUUCUCCAUUUUAACAACCAUUAAGUAAGAAAGUCCUUGAAGACUGAAAUGAAUGGAAUCCAGUCAAAUUUUCAGCUACAACCAACAAGACUUGGGGUGUGUUCCUGAUUUUCAAAUGAAGAGACUGUAACCUGUAACUGAUCAGCAUUAAACACAAAAAAAUAUGACAAAGUGGUUAUUUUGUCAUUGCACUUGCUGUAGUAAUACAGAUUGAAAUUUGAAGUCUUUUUUUGCAACUUAAAUCUUUUUUUUUUUUUUCAUUUGAAGAUCUUUACAUUUGUUCAGCACAAAUAUGUUGAAGCUGUAAA